AUGAUCUACUUGUCAUUUGAGACCAUGUCAUCGCUGUUGAGGUUGGGGGAGUUGGAGCCUGCCAGAGGCUUCACCCCAGUGGCCUUUGCCAUGCUGGGAGUCAGUGUUGUCCACUCCCGGCUGAGGAGGGCCCUGGUAUUCGGCGUGGUUGUACCCUCAAUACUGGUGCCAUGGCUCCUGGUGUGUGCCUCCUGGCUCAUUCCUCAGACCUCUUUUCUCAUUAACGUCUGUGGACUUGGAGUUGGGCUAGCAUAUAGCCUCACAUACUGCUGUCCCGUUGACAUCUCAGAGAGAAAGGCAUUGAAGCUUGACAAGGAGUUCCCUUUCUGCCUUAUGAAGAAGAUUACGAUAUUCAAAUACAUCUCAAGUUCGUCGGCCGAAAGAAGGGCAGCCCAGAACCGGAAGCUGAACCCUGUGCCCGGCUCCUACCCAACACAAAGAAGCUGCCCUCACAUGUUCCCAGUCCCCCUUGUUGCCCAGAUGCAGCGUGCCAGUGGCCAGAAACUAGCUUCCUGGCCAGCCUGUGCUCGUGGGCACAUACCCAGGCUGCCUCCCUACCAGCCUGCCUCCGGCCUGUGUUACGUGCAGAACCAUUUUGGCACAGUCCCUAACUCCUGUGUCUACCCAGGUUCUGUAGCAGUCUCCUUAGGGGUCCAGCCCCUCAUUCCCCUCAACUGCCCUGCCACUAAAUAUUCCAGGGCCUUGCCCACUCCAGAGCCUACAAAGUCCAAGGAAUGCUCAAGGGUUCUGAUUGCUUGA